ACCCAUACAUCCAAUUUUAUCCAUAAAAUCUCACUCUCCUUUUUCUUCUUCUUCUUCUUCUUGUUCUUGUUCCCAGUUUCUCCAAAAUCCUUCAAGAAAAGCAGUUAAUUCUGUUCUGCCAGCUGUCGAAAUGGCGUUGCCGGUGGUGGUGGACGCAGAGUACCUCAAGGAGGUUGACAAGGCCCGCCGCGAUCUACGCGCACUCAUCGCCAACAGGAACUGCGCUCCUCUCAUGCUUCGCUUGGCCUGGCACGAUGCCGGAACCUACGAUGUCAAUACGAAGACCGGCGGAGCUAACGGUUCCAUCAGGAACGAGGAAGAGUAUUCACAUGGUGCUAACAACGGUUUGAAGAAGGCUAUUGAUUUCUGCGAGGAAGUGAAGGCAAAGUAUUCCAAGAUUUCAUAUGCGGACCUUUACCAGCUUGCGGGUGUCGUUGCAGUUGAGGUUACUGGGGGUCCCACAGUUGAAUUUGUUCCUGGAAGAAAGGACUCUAAAGUAUCUACAAAAGAAGGCCGGCUUCCUGAUGCUAAACUUGGUGUGUCACACCUUCGUAGUAUCUUCUAUCGAAUGGGCCUGUCUGACAAGGAUAUUGUUGCACUGUCUGGAGCACAUACGCUGGGAAGAGCACAUCAAGAGAGAUCAGGGUUUGAAGGGCCUUGGACACAGGAUCCUCUGAAGUUUGACAAUUCAUACUUCGUGGAACUUCUAAAAGGUGAGAGUGCGGGUCUGCUUCAACUUCCAACAGACAAGGCCUUGUUGGAGGAUCCUGAAUUUCGCCGUUAUGUUGAGCUGUAUGCAAAGGACGAAGAUGCAUUCUUCCGGGAUUAUGCUGAAUCACAUAAGAAACUUUCGGAGCUAGGCUUUGCGACAAGUUCAAAACCGAUUUUCCCUAAGGAUGGGACCAUACUAGCUCAAAGUGCUGUUGGAGUUGUAGUUACUGCAGCUGUGGUGAUCCUCGGUUACUUGUAUGAAGUCCACAAAAGAGGGAAGUAAAUGGAUUUGUCUCUCUCAGCAUAGAUUGUUACGUUUGUAUGACCCAGAAUGAACAGAAUUGGGUGCAUUUUUGCAGUUUCAGUAUCUCUUUCCCCUAGUACUAAUAAGAAUAAUGCAUUAAUGCUGCAACCUUUCUGAAUAGAUUGAGACUGGAUAAAACAAACUGAAUACUCCAUUUGAAAGCUACAUUACUUACAGUAUGUAAGCAGUAAAUACAAAUUUCUAUAGUCAUCAUCAUUAUGUA